UUCAGAUCUCUCUGGACACAAAUUGCUCCAAACUGCUGGAUUGACUCCUUUUUCACUCCCCUGAAUCAACUUGACUCUCUCCAUCGAUCCGUCUUUGUGUCAGUCUCAACCUGUCUGUCCCGAAGUUUGUCGGGUUCAUCAAGUUCACGCUGACAUUCAGUGACUGAGGCUGAGCAGGAACGCUCACACUCACAGCUGGAGAGUGUCAUCACAGAUCAUCUGAAUACGUGCAUCUGUCAAAUCUGCUGCUCCUACCUCCUGAGGAUCAACUCUGAAGAGGAGGAGUGCCUGGCUUACUAGCACCUCACCAACAGGAAGAAAGCAUCCAUCAGUUUAACUGCAGUCUACAAUCAUCAGGCUAUCACUGGAUUAGAAGAUUAAUUUCUCUGUAUCCUAAAUCAGGUGGAUAUUGCCCAGCUCAAAGUUUAGCAGUGAGUAAGGAAUCUGAGUUGUAAUCAGUCAUGGCAGACUGGAGCCUACUGGGAAACUUCCUGGAGGAAGUACAGGAGCACUCUACCUCUGUUGGCAAGGUGUGGCUGACCAUCCUGUUUAUCUUCCGAAUCCUUGUCCUCGGGACAGCAGCUGAGUCAUCGUGGGGAGAUGAACAGGAAGAUUUUAACUGUGACACUGAACAGCCAGGCUGUGAGAACGUCUGUUAUGACCGAGCCUUCCCCAUAGCACACAUACGAUACUGGGUGCUCCAAAUUGUGUUUGUAUCCACUCCCAGUCUGAUCUACAUGGGCCACGCUAUGCACACUGUCCGCAGAGAGGAGAAAAGAAGGAACAGGGAGGAGGAGGGAAGAGAGGAGGGAGGGGGAGAAGAAGACCCAGGAGGAGGUGGAGGAGGAGGUGGAGGUGGAGGUGGAGAGAAACAAGAGAGGAAAGGGGAAGAAGAUGGAAAUGAAAAAAAUGAAAGUCACUCAGCAGGUCGAAUUCGCCUGAGGGGAGCACUGCUGCAGACAUAUGUUCUGAGUAUACUGAUACGCAGCAUCAUGGAGGUGGUGUUUCUGUGUCUUCAGUACUUCCUGUAUGGAAUCUUUCUCAAUCCUCUGUACGUCUGCAAGGCAUGGCCAUGUCCACAUCCAGUUAACUGCUAUGUCUCCAGACCUACAGAAAAAAAUGUCUUUAUAGUGUUCAUGUUGGUCGUGUCAGCUGUCUCUCUGGUCCUCAGUGUGCUUGAACUACAUCACCUGGCAUGGAAACAUUGUUGCAGGCGAUUCUUGUGCUCUGCAAAAGCCAACAAAGCAGCCAACACCUCUCUGAGCCGACAGCUCUCUUUGUCUCCUCCACCACCAUCAACACCACCUCCAGAUUUCAACCAGUGCGUGACUGGCUCUACACACUUCCUACCCCUCCCCUUCCCCAACCACCGGCUAGCGAACCAACAAAACUCUGAAAACAUGGCUACCGAGCAGAACAAAAUGGCAGCCGCAGUGGAAGAGGUAAACUUCCUCCAAAUGAGCUGCUAUUCGCAUGGAUGGCAGAAGACCAAUGACGGUCAGAUCCAAGAUGGGAGAUACCUGAGACCCGAUGCUAACUGCUAUACCCCCGAGAGCAGGGACGUCGGCUGUGUUCAGAUCCAAAAUGGUGGCCCAGACGUGCUGCUGCAUAAGGACAAGCGAAGAUACAGCAAAGCCAGCGGAACGAGCAGCCGAACUAGAGCAGAUGACCUCGCAGUUUAGAAAAAAAAGUAGAUAAUAGAUUUACAAACCUGCUGAAAAAAACCAAACAUGCAUAAAAGACCUUAGCUUUCAUAACAUGAUUCAUUUUAUCUAAGGAAUCAUGCAAAUGAUGACUAAUUCCUUUUAUCUUCUUCCUUACAACAUUAUACGGCUCCUAAUGACUUAAACGAUGGUUUUUACCCAACAUCUGAGCAAACGCCCAGCAGGGAUUGAAGAACUGGGCAACAAUGUCUGGAGUUGCGGUGCUACACAGAUCGCUAAAUCCAUCAAGAAUAACUGGAUUGUGGCUUCUUCUUGAACUGAAACAAACAUGCACCUGAAGCUUGCACUGUUUAUAUGCUGAGACUAAAGUCACCAAAAAGGCUAUAAAAGGUGAAAAUAACACAGUUUGGGUGACACCAUUGAGGGAGUCUGCACUGUAUAGCAUAGAUGUCUUAUUCUUUUCUUUAUUUACUGGUGUGACUCAGUUGGGCACAAAUUAAUUCAUGACUUUAGUCACAAGCAUGCUGAUAAAGCCUUUAGCAGUAGCAGUGACUGUAUCGGAAAACUUUUCAAAAACAUGCUCUUUGUGAUUUUUAUCUCCUGACUAGCAGCAGCUUGCGCAGGCUAGAAGAGAUCUGGUCCAAGUCACAGCUGCCUUAAUAGUACUAAUGUGUUUCAGGACCUUAAAAGGCCCAAAUGGAAAAGCUAAAAAAAUGCACUAAAAUCCUGACUGUGACGUGUUUGUUAUAUUUCAAAGCCCAAAGAAAAAGGCAUGAGGAAGAGGCAUGAGGCACAUUCAUUUAAUGCUUUAUUUUUAACACCGUGUAAAGGCAAACACCUCUUAAAUAUAUAUUUUUCUGAGAUUUUAUUCCCAAAAUUUGUCGUCUAUCAUUGACGAUAAACUUAAGAUAGAGAUGAAGAUUUCCUCCAAUGCUAGUCCAUUUACCUGCUUGCCAGGUAUUUCACUUAAACUUAUAACAAACUUACACUGUGUUUAUUUCACUGUCACUUCUUCACAUUUUUUUUGCAUAAAUGUUUAUUCUAAUUUACCUGCUCUAUAAUCAGUUGAAUUUUGUUCUUACUAGGUGCCAUUUGAAUUAAAUGAGACUUUAAAACAAUACAUUUACAUUUCAGUAUCACAUAAAUAUUGCAUGAGCAGUAUUUUUUAUAUCUUGCUGGUUUGCAGUCCUUGAGUGUGCCCAGGAAAUACAAAAUUGAGCCUCAUGUCUUUGGAAGUACCAGCACUGGACACACUGGGGACUUCUAUGUUACCUGUAGACUGAACCUAAACUCUGUGGCUUAUUGGCUGGACUUAUGACUGACUUAUUUAACAUUUUGCACUGGAAAUUUACAAUGUGAUUUUGUGAAACUGCUUAAGAACAUUUUGCUAAAUUUUUUUCACGUUUUCAGCCACAUUUGAUACCGUGUAGAUUAUCUUUUCGCACCAGCACGUCUUUUAUAAUUUCUUGCAUUUCCUAAAACAUGACAGUCUGGAUGAUACUGAUGGGUUUCUAGUACAUUAUAUUAUGGUCAUUUUAGCUAUGAACACACAUAGAAUUAAGCAUGGACUACUACUAUGUCUAGCAUAAUGUAUAUGAUGUGUUUUGUUUCAAAUUGUUCGUAAUGUCAUUGGACACACACACAAAAAAGGUUGGGUAUUAAGCAGUGAACAAUGCUGUUAAUGACAAUUUAAAUUUGUUUUAUAUUUAUUAUUACACUUGAAUAAUGUGAAUGCUUUAUACAUUUUGAAAAUAAAUGCAACAUAUGCAAACCA